CCUCUUCACAGAGGCCAGAGCAAACUGCUUUUCUCCCCGCCCCUGAUGACCCAGGGCUCUGAACAAGAAAUCCCAGCCCUGUGGUAAAUAAGGGGCCAGCUGACUCUGGUCGGCUGCUCAGCUAAGUUCCAGGGACAUCCAGUCUGCAAAUGCUGCUUUGAGAAGCCUCGAAAGCAACUCUGCAUCAUGAAUACUCUGUGUGAAGCAAAUGGCUCCUUUGCCAUCCGUCUUUUAAAGACCCUGUGUCAAAACAACCCUUCAGAAAAUGUCUGUUACUCUCCUGUGAGCAUCUCCUCUGCUCUAGCUAUGGUCCUCUUGGGGGCGAAGGGAGACACCGCGGUCCAGAUAACUCAGGCACUUGGUUUAAACACAGAAGAAGACAUUCAUCAAGGCUUCCAGGGGCUUCUCAGUAACCUGAACAAGCCCAACAGAAAGUAUUCACUUAGAGUAGCCAACAGGCUCUUUGCAGAAAACACCUGUGAAUUAAUUCCAGCCUUUAAGGAGUCCUGUCUUCAGUUCUAUGACUCGGGGAUGGAGCAGCUGUCCUUUGUCAAAGCUCCAGAGGAGUCCAGGAAACACAUAAACACGUGGGUCUCCAAACAGACUGAAGGGAAAAUUCCAGAGUUGCUGUCAGGAUGCUCUGUUGAUUCAGAGACCAGGCUGGUUUUUGUCAAUGCCUUGUAUUUCAAAGGAAGGUGGCAUCAACAAUUUCACAAAGAUUGCACAAUGGAAAUGCCCUUUAAAAUUAACAAGAAGGAGAAAAGGCCAGUGCAGAUGAUGUGUCGGGAAGACACUUUUCACCUCGCCUAUGUGAAUGAAGUACAGGCACAGGUGUUGGUGAUGCCCUAUGAGGGCAUGGAGCUGAGCAUGGUGGUCCUGCUCCCAGAUGAUGGUGUGGACCUCAGCAAGCUGGAAAACAGUCUCACUUUUGAGAAGUUAACAGCCUGGACCAGACCAGACUUUAUGAAGAGCACUAAUGUUGAGGUUUUCCUUCCAAAAUUUAAACUGCAAGAGGAUUAUGACAUGGAGUCCGUGUUUCAGCAGUUGGGGAUGGUGGAUGUCUUCCACAGGGACAAGGCUGACUUGUCGGGAAUGUCUCCAGAGAGAGACCUGUGCGUGUCCAAGUUUGUCCACAAGAGUGUUGUGGAGGUCAAUGAAGAAGGCACCGAGGCUGCAGCAGCAUCGGCUGUCAUUGAAUUUUGCUGUGCAUCUGUUGUCCCAACAUUCUGUGCAGACCACCCCUUCCUUUUCUUCAUCAGGCACAACAAAACCAAUAGCCUCCUGUUCUGUGGCAGGUUCUCAUCUCCAUAAAGGCACAUUUACUCUGUGAGGAAUAAUUAUCUCUUCAGCAUUUCCACCACUCCCACAGCUCUGUGAGGACGGGCAUAUAGGGGACACCAUGAUUCAAGAUGAGGUCAUUUUCCUCCUGGCAGCCUGAUCUUAUGAUGCCCAUAUUUAUCUCCCCAUAUCCUAACACUCAUCUGUGCCCUUUCCAGGUCUCAGGACCACAGAGUGGUUUGGUUUUCUGUUGUGUAAACAACAAAGGAGACACACAAAUCCCACAAGAUAGCCUACAAAUUUCUCCAAGGUAAUCCUAAAUAAAGGCCCCCACUCCUGCACAGACAAGCCAUGCCAGCUAUAUACACUGUGCUUUCCUGGCUCCUCAAUUCUUGCCAUCACUUGACUUAACCUGUAUGAAUGGUAGUAAAUUCUUCUGUGGAUGAUAACAGCUACUGCAGUUUUCUUAGUAUUGGUCCUUAAUGCACAUUUUAACUUUAUUUUGCCCUGGGUGCAACACUGUGUUAGGUUGUGGAUAGGUGCAGACACUGUGGUCCUCUAACUGCUGACCUUCAGAUCUGCUUUCAACUCCUCUAGCUGUCAUGACAGCUAGCUUGAACAUGUAGAAGACAUGCUUGUGUAGACCAUCGUGGUUUUCUAUCACUAUUAUACUUAAAUUCUAUGAAGUCAGUAAAGGCUAUUUAAAAUAAAUUUCUUUUUCUCACCAACCAUAUGUGCACUUUGAACAUUAAUUGUGCCACUUAGAGCAGUUGCUUUAUCUGUUAACCUUCUGCAUCUUGGUUAAUCACCCAAUGAGACUCCAAGGUCACCAAGGGUCAGGGUUAUAUCUUACCUGUAUGUGCUAUAUAGGCUCUACUGUGCCACUUACAGGGAGUUGUAAGUGAUUUCACUGUGUAAGAGUAACAUAACGGGGGCUGGAGAGAUGGCACAGAUGUUUUGGCUUCUGCUGGUUCCUGUAUGCAUACGGUGCAUGUAUCCUCACUCAAACUCACACACAUGUAAGUUUAUUUAAAAAUAAAGAAAUUUUUAAAGAAGA